AUGUACGUAUUUUCAGUUACAGGAGUUUAAAAAAUCCUACUUACAUGAACCUUGAAGUUGCAUCCAUAAAACAUGAAGCCGAAGCCGCAUUGCAAACACGCACAAUUAAUGUUUACAUUAGAAACGCCAUUAGUUUGGAUAUUAAUUGUCUGUGUGGCUUUCGGAGCUCGAACCAACAUUCGAGCAAAUGUUGGUCACGGUUAGAUAACAGCGGUGGCAUCAUAAUUCGGGCGGCCGGCAGUAGCAAGCUGGCCAGCGGUCAGCCAACGCCACGCGCGACGUCUGACAAAUCGCACCGCGAAACAAUAACAGAAAACGAGUUUCAAAAUUUUAAAAAGGAUUCCCGCUACUGGAAAUAAUAUUGAAAAGGAUAUUUAAAAGACAGACACGAUGGCGCCGCCGCGGGGCUCGGAGCUGUCUCUGCGCGCCCGGCUCGCGCAGGAGGCCUUCAUAUGCUUCGCGUUCUGGCUGGCCGUGUCGGCUCUACCCGCGCUGGCUAUCUCCUACAUACUGGUAAGCAUCAGCCAACACCUAUGGCUAAAGCUGCUGUCCAGCCGAUAUUCAAAGCUGGAGUUCAUUCGCAUCGACACAGUGCGAUCUCUGCUCGAUACGCACCGCAACCAAGGCAUUAUCAACGUGCUACUUACAGUCAAUGGUACAUUAGAUGCCGAGAAAAUCAAGCAGCAGCUCAGCCACCACGUGAUCGAGCGGCGCGACAAAAACGGCGAGCUGACAUUCCCGCGGCUGCGGCACCAGCUGGUGUCCUGUUGGGGAAACUACGCUUGGAAUAAGAACGUGCCCUUCAGGCCGGAAAACCAUAUCAUUGUGGCCAGUGGCGUGCAUCGGGGAAGACCUGUCACUGACAGUAACAUACAGGAAUUUAUCAGCGAAAUAGUCUCCAAAUACUUCCCAAGUGAACAGUCACCGUGGCAGUACAUAAUCAUCCCCAAUACGUCACCGGAGCCCAAGUACCACAUCCUAGUCCGCGUGCACCAUUUACUCCUCUCUGGCAAGAAGUCCCUCAAUAUCGGCGACAUGCUCAUGGUGGAACCGCUCAAUGUCACUGGCAGAAUGCCACACACCGAGUACACGCAACAGAGCCCUUUAAACAAACUCAUGCCUACCUCAUCAGCUAUUCCAGAACUGAUAGAGAAGCUGAGUGAUAACCUAUCCAACGCUUGGAAUGAAUUCAUCUCAGAGUAUGAUCCUGUAGAAAGUCCACGCGCCCACAAAACGUUGCCUGGUGCGUUCCAUGUGGCCGGCUUAGUACUGAUAUCUGGCGCCUGUGCUUUGAGAGAACUCACUAAGAGGAGGUCAACUGAUGAGUUUAGAAAUGUUGCGCCUCUAACUGCUACAACGUUUAUAGCUGCGGUUCAACGAGAGUGCAAACGUCGGAAUUUGACAAUACCAAAGGUCAUACUGUCUCCACUCGUAACCGCAGAUCCUCGAAAAUGGCCGCGGCGUGCUUUCGGAACCUUCAUAUCAGUGACUCGCGCGGUGGUGAGACUCCCCAUUCGCAUCCGCGACGAGAUACGAGCUCUGAACGAAUUGAAGAAGACUGGCCAAGUGAUAUACCCCAACACGUUGACGUGGAAGUAUGCUGGGCUUGCGCAGCUGUCCGUGCGGGCUAUGGGAGAGGCUUGGCAGACUAUGGCAGAGAUCUAUAAGGCCCCGGCUACGCUAUGGAGCGACACUGUUGGGGCUAAUGACGGACAACGCCAUCAACUGCAGACUGUCAAUUUGUGCGGAAGAAAGGUAGCGGCCUGGUCGCGGCCCGUUUCCCGAACAGCCGUGGAACGCGCCGCGCGCGCUCUCGGCGUCUCCUCCACCGACGUGGCGCUGUUCGCCGCCACCGAAGCCCUGCGGUCCUUCUUCGACCUCUCGCAGAACAGGACGCCCGAUACGGUCCUCACUACUGCGCGAGCCGCGCCGGAAGAUUUCCUAUUCACUUUUUCCGAGGGAGAUGGGAAGAAGUAUAAGAAGUCGCAAACGGGAGGAAUGAUCUGCCUAUCUCUCCCCGUGGGCGCAACACCGCGUCGCAUAGCUUCAGUGGUCGAACAAGCAUGUCAACGCCAAGGCGCGCUAGCGAGUGCCUGGGCCGCUCAAGCACGCUACGGCGCUCUGACCCGCGCCGUGCCUUCCCCAAUAGCACGGCUGACAUUGAAUCUGCUGUCGAGGAAAUAUGCCGUGUCUUAUGCGGAGAUUAGUGCGCCAGUAAACGCGCGCCCGAGGACUACGCUCUGGGGACAUACUGUCGAUGCCGUUGUGUAUUGGCGGCCACCGCAAGCUAACAUUAGCAUGUCCCUCACGGUGAUCCAGUACGCGGCCAGCGUGCGGCUGGCGGUGAUGGCGGACGCGCGCCUGUCGCCGGCGCAGCGCGUGCCCGCCAGCCGCUGGCCGGCCGUGGUGGAGCACCUGGUGGCGAAGGUCGACGCCGAGAUCGCGCGCAUCUCCGCCCAGGCCAGGGACAUACCGCAAAUACUGACGCCGCCAGAAACGGAGGAGGGCGAACAAUCUUCCGAUUCUGUUCUAGAAGCUUCUUCUAGUACUAGCUCUUUAAGACCGCCGGCGACUCAGAUAGCUAGUCCGCCGCCUAUUCGUAGGCGGACGACGCAUCAUUAGAUCAUUUUUUUACGGGAUUAAACUACAUAUAGACGGUCAAAGGAAUUCUUCGGUUGGUUUCGAAGAAACCUAGCUAAACUCCUUGUGGAGACAUAUUCGAGAUAUAUAAAUACUUAUCUAGUAUAUUCUUCGAAUAUUUAUGCAUGAAAAUAAAGUCAAGUCAAAUGUAAUCCGGGGAGCGAUCAUGACAGCGGACAUACCUAAGUCAAGAUUUAGUUUGUAAGUUUUUUUAUACCAAAUACCUAAUAUUAAGUAACAUGAAUGUGAAUAAUUAGUGAGAUUUACAUAUAUAAAUGAAGGAAAUAUGUAACUAGGUAAAUAAUUAUCAAACCCGUAUGUGUUACGAGUUAUAAGGUGCCUUAUUAUGUUUUAAUUUCGACUAUUAAAAUUAAUCUAUAAUAAAA